GUGGCUCCACAGUCUCUUGCAAGGCGGAGCAGCAUCCUCAGACCAGGCCUGCCCUGGGUCUGUGUCUACCGGCUUCUAAGUCAUGUCUUCCAACAGCCGAGUAGCCGUGGUGACGGGGAGUAACAAGGGCAUCGGCUUCGCCAUUGUGCGUGAUCUGUGCCAGAAAUUCUCGGGCGAUGUGAUUCUCACGUCCCGGGACACGACCCGGGGCCAGGCGGCUUUGAAGAAGCUGCAGGAGGAGGGGCUGAAUCCGAUUUUCCAUCAGCUGGACAUCGAUGACCCGCAGAGCAUCCAGACCCUGCGGGAUUUUCUCAAGGAGCGCUACGGGGGUGUGGAUGUGCUGGUCAACAAUGCGGGAAUCGCCUUCAAAGUUGCUGAUACCACACCUUUUCCUAUUCAAGCUGAAGUAACAAUGAAAACCAACUUUUUUGGCACCAAAGCUGUAUCUGCAGAAUUACUGCCUUUAGUAAAACCCCAAGGCAGAGUGGUGAAUGUCUCUAGCAUGGUGAGCUUACGUUCUCUUAAAGGCUGCAGCCCAGAACUACAGCAGAAGUUUCGCAGUGACACCAUCACAGAGGAAGAGCUGGUGGGGCUCAUGAAAAAAUUUGUGGAAGAUACAAAGAAAGGAGUGCAUCAGAAGGAAGGUUGGCCCAACAGUGCUUAUGGAGUGACCAAGAUUGGAGUCACUGUGUUGUCUAGAAUCCAUGCCAGGCAGCUGAAUGAGCAAAGGAAAGGUGAUAAGAUUCUUCUGAAUGCCUGCUGCCCAGGAUGGGUGAGAACUGACAUGGCGGGCCCCAAGGCUACCAAGAGUCCAGAAGAAGGAGCUGAAACCCCAGUUUAUUUGGCUCUUUUACCCCCAGAUGCUACUGAACCUCAUGGCCAGUUUGUCAUGGAGAAAAGGGUUGAAAAAUGGUAAAUUUCAUUUGUAAACCCAUUCCAGAAUGUUACAUAUCUCAGAGUUGAUUAAAAAGUGCCUUUAGAUUGUGUGACCCUGGGCAAGUCACUUGACCCCCAUUGCCCACCCUUACCACUCUUCCACCUAGGAGCCAAUACA